UUCUGAGUUUUGUAUGUACUGAACAGGGAAGUUGACUUUAAUUUUCAGCUGCUUUUUUCAAUGUAUAGUUGUUAAGACUGUUUUUAAAGAGACCAUUAGCUAAGACACUUCAGGUGCUUAAGACAAUAUAAGAUACACUACUUUUACCAGUCUUACCAUGAAACCUCAGUUUCCUGUCAAGAGCUACGCCUUUUGAAGUCACUAUAAGCUGAUGUUAUGCCUUUUUGCAGAGCAGCUUUUUUUGGCUUCCUUGUAUAGAGAACUUGUACAAACUGCUGAGACAGACAUGGAAAUAAAACCAAACAGAAUGAUGAUGGGGAAGAGAUGGUCUUUCUUGGUGUUCUUCUUGUUUGUCCAUGCACAUGAGAUAGUUGGCCUAUCUGAAAGCACCAUUAUCAAGAAGGGAGCAAUUCAUGCUGUCCCUGGUAGCAACGUGACCCUUACAUGCACCAUCCUGAAAGAAUCUGGGAUCCACAUAACACAGACACAAUGGUCAAAGAUUGAAGAUGGACAACACAGAACAAUAGCUGUUCAUCACCCUGUGUAUGGAAUUCAAUACUUACCAUUACCUUUGGCUACUUACAGUUACACAGUAGUUUUCAAUAAGAAUCCUUACUGUUGGGAAAAUGAUAAGACUUCCAGUUCCCACAGACCUCCAACAAAUUCCUUGGAAUGCAACCAGUGGAUUCUGCAUUUUCACAAUGUUAGUCUGUCACUCAGUGGGCUGUAUGAGUGCAGCUUUACUACCUUUCCAGCUGGGCUGAAGACUGCAGAAAUUAACCUUACAGUAAAAGCAGAAGAGGAGCAACAUUAUGUGAAGAAAACCCUGUUAAAACAGACUUUGACAAUCCCAUGUCAUGAAAAUGUGAUCUCUGGUAACUGGCCCUUUGAAUGGGUAGUGAGAGAUAAUGGAAGUCAAGUAAAACUGAUAACCAAAAAUUCAUACCAGCGUGAAGCAAAUAAGACCAAUAAUUUGUUGUACAAAGACAGAAUUCAGCUGGGUCCAGAAAAUGCACUGCAGAUUUCUCCGCUCAAAACUAUUGAUGAUGGCAAGGCCUUCUCAUGCCUCGUGACGUACCAUCCGGAGAGAAUCGUGAAGAGAACCACCACGGUGAAAGUGUUUGCCAUACCAGAAAUAUCUAUUACCUCCCAAAGUAACUCCAUUGGCACCUUGCAGGAGGCUAACCUUACCUGCAUUGUAAAGAAGGCUUUUCCCAAGCCAAAUCUUGUGUGGUAUGUGGAUGGAGACAUUGUUAAAGACCAAUUUGGAGGCAUAUCUAUUAAAGCUGAAGAACCAAAGGAGAGUAAAGGUUUCUAUGAACUCACGUCAUUGCUGAUGAUACAAAAUACCAAUCAGUCAGAGACUAAACAGACUGCCUGGUGUAGCUGUGAGUUUCCCUUCCCUUGGAAUGAAGCACGGGAUAUUUCAUCUGAAGAAAUUGUUGUUUAUUUUGACCGUAGAGGCAACGGACCAUCUAAAGCUCUUACUCCUGUGGCUACAGAAGACCCUGGUGUAUCAACACGUUCAUCAGCCAUGAGGACCACCAGAGGCCUUAGAACAAAAACUUCAGCCUCCCUAGAUUUCACAAGUCAAGUAACUUCAGCACCUAUUUUAACAUCGCAAGGUCUUAAACCUACACCUUCAACUUCCCUAUAUUUUACAAGUGAUGGGACCUCGGCACCUGCAUCCACCAUACAAGGCCAGCUUAAUCCUACAACAGACACAGGUGGUCAUGGCAAUUCUACAUCUUCAAGUGAGACAACAACACCCUUGAGAAGGAAUGCCUCUACUACUGCACCCCAACAAAGCUUCAUGAGUACAACCCAUCAUAGUCAAAAUAUAACCCCACCUCAUGGUAAUUUAUCCUCUGCCACAGUAGCCAGCCUAACUUCAUUUACUAGAUGGGAAAACCUAUCUACAACAAAGAAUCUGGACAAUAAUAUGGGUACUGUGAAGAAUAAAAGCAAUAACCAGUUCCCUUGGCCAGCAGUUAUGACAAUUCUGCUUCUGUUUUGUACUUUUAUAAUAAUUUUAGGGGUCAGAAAAUGGUGUCAGUACCAAAGAGAAAUUAUGAACAGACCUCCAUCUUUCAAGCCACCACCACCUCCAAUAAAGUAUGUGUCCAUACAAGACUCAGAUGGAAGUACACCAACCUGCCAUGAACUGGAAACCCUGUAACAGUCUUUGUAUAGUGUCACAGUACAAUACUGAAUCUAUCUUAAGCUUCAGAAAAUUCCUUGCAGGAGUUGUGUCCAUGACCCAUUUUCAACUGAUGGGAAAAUCAGAAGCAAAGCACUGCUGAGUAUACUUAUCUCAUCCCUUUUAGAUGUGCAAUAUAAGUUGACAGACUGAAGUCUAACUGUAGCAUGUUGGAUAUUACAGCUGCUCAACUGGAAAUGGAUGAUCAACUGGGAAUUUACUUUCUUAAUUAGGGGAGUAGAUCAGUUUGUGUCACUUUAUUAGUCUGUAUAGAAAAACAUUUUCAAAACCUUUUUGUUCCAAUAUGCCUAUAAUCUUGAUACGUUUUAAGCAUAUCUCAGCUGCAAUUACUCUAACAGCCUUAGCAAAAGUUCACAGGUACAACGCCUUUAUAAUUUUUACAAUAUAAAAAUUGAUAGAGGAUUAUGCACCUGGGUCAGAGUAGUCAAAUCUGAAAUACAUUAUUAGCAUGCAUGUGGGGAAGUAUUGUACAUCUUUCAUCACUGACAUCUGACAUGGACUCAGAUGAAAAGGCUGAAGGCUGCUCUUCAGUCCUAAUUAUAUCUGCUGGGGCCUGGAGGCAUUGUGUGAGAAUGCCAGGAGGAGGUGAUGUCAGGGUGUUUAGGAACUCAAUGGAAGGGAGACCUGAUGACUCAAAUGUAUAUUAAUCCAAAGGGAUGAUGAUAGAAAUAACAACUGCUCCUAAGGAUAUUAACAGUUUGGGGGAGGGGAAAAACUGUUCAUAGAAAAAGUUGCAUCAAUUUUCUUGAAUUCAUUUCCAUCACAAUAGGAGUUGAGGUGAGAGGGAUGGGUUGGCUGCUAAAAGUUAGCCAGCUCCCUUUGUGUUUUUGAGUUCUAUUUAUUUUAAACAUUGAAAGAUAGUUUACACAUUGGAACAUAUGUUUGAUUGGAAAUGUUCCAGUAAUGUUAUAGAAAUGCCAUUGAGAUUAAUGAUACUUCAUGGGGAUCCAAAUCCACAAAAAAUGUGAUUGUGUGAAAUUUGGCAAUGAAGUUCUGGUCUAAUGAAGGGAUAUCACCAAAACUUCCUUGUGUGUAUGUGUAUAUAUCACAUCUAUAAUCAGAUUGGAAGAGGAUUAGCAAGAUACUGUAAUGGGUUACAGAUAAUACCGUGUACCUUGUGGCAUUUAGUGACAAAAGUGUUAAGAAGGAAACAAAAUGUAAUAUGACAUCUUGAAAAGUCUGUUGGGUAUAACCAUAUGUUCUUAAUGAUCUAUUAUCAUAUUAACUUUAAAUCCAUUAUUUAUUUAACAGAAUCAGAGGUGUUAAUAGCAAACAUUUUCUUCACAAAGUACUGUAAAAAUAUUACACCCAGGAAGAGCAUCACUUUUUCACUAAUAUUAAUUUACCUGUAGUGUAGUACAUGAUGGAGCUGAGCUGUUAACUCCCCAUUUACAUGAUAAUUCAAGGGAAAAAGAUUGAGGAGGCUACAGAAAGGAAAAUAAGAACUGAAAUCAGAAUUGAGCUAGGAUGCUGUUGUAAACUUUGAAAGGUCUCAGUCAGAGGAAGAUUUUUGUCUGGAUUCAGAGGAAAGUCAGUGACAUUCUUAAUUGACCUGAAAAAAUGUAUUUUACCACUGGUAUUCUUGGAAGUUUGAGCCCAAACCUAAGUAUUUUAGGGUUUCUUUUUCUUUUCUUUUUCUUUUUAUCACCCAUCACUGAUGUACAGAGAAGCAACCCUGGGAAACACAACCACAUAGCGGUAUACUUGGAUGACAUUAUGGAAUCCUAUUAUCGUCUUUCUCUCCCUGGUUGAGGGAGAAUUUGUUUCAGGAGUUAGUUCUGUUUAAAUCAUCCUUAUAGAAAUGCUUUCCUCAAGAGCAGGGGCUUGCAACUGCAUCUCAAAGUGGUCAGAUUCUAAUCUUUCAUACAGCUGUUUGCAUUAUCAACUUCCUUAAACCUGGGAUGUUCUGCCUUCAUCUCCUGUGAACAUUGUCUUGGGCCCUGUGAGCUGCGCUGUCCCAAAACAUGCAGCAGUUUAGGCAAGCUAUGGAUGAAAAAAAUGGUCAGUGCUGUAAAUAGGUGAGUUCAGACAGUUGCCUCUAGAGGUCAUGGAUGUAUUUGACAGUCUAGGUCUUCAUCACAGUCAAAUAAUCUUGACUUGUAAAAUGUAGCCAAAUGCACUAUAAAGCACUGAAUGGAAUUAUCCCAGAUUGACAGUGUGGUAACCAAAAUAGAAUUUACCCAUGCUACUUCAGUUUUAACUCCAAUAGCUUGAUGUUUUUCUUCUCACCUUUUUCAUUAUCUAUUUUAUUUUCGAGACUUAUUCUGUCUUGCACAAAAGAAAUUGGCAUAUCUGCUAAAUGUAUAUACAUUUGGUUUAGGUUACAGUGAUUUUUCUUUUUCCCAUGGAGUUAUUGCCGUCAUUAUUUGAGCUAGUCUCUCUCACAAAUUCUCUUUUUUUCAUUUUCCUCUAAGUUUGAAAAAGAAAUGUGUUGGAGAUGUAGUGUUUUCUUACUGCCAGAAGGUGGCUCCAAAGCUUUACAUUUAAAUCUUUAGUGUGUAUUUUAACAAAAUUAUUAAUAUUGCAUGUAUUUUUCUUAAUACACAGAUGAAUAACAACAUGUAAAAAUCUAUUUAAAAGUUUUGUUCGUACCUAUGAAAUGUAACUUCAAAAAGUAAUAAGUAUAGAUUCUCUAUUAGA